AAGAACAUCGUGGCCAUGCUGGUGUGGCUCGUCCUCAGCGUCAUCAACGGCAGCAUGGUGCACACCUUCCUACGACACAGUCUGUUCUACGAGAACCCGCGGUACGUCAUGUUCAUCUCCAUGGUGAUCAAUGACGCUCUGCAGCUCAGCCUGGUCACAGCUCUCUACGUGGCCAGCUACAUCUUCAGGAAGAUCCACGCCUCCGUCUGCUGCGCCCUGAUCAUGACGGCGGUCCUCACCACCCGCUCCACCCCUCUCAUCGUGGCCGGCAUGGCGUUGGAGCGCUACAUCUCCAUCUGCUUCCCUUUGCACUACAGCCACAUGUGCACCGUCCCGCGCACCCUCCUCCUCAUCGGCGUCAUCCUCAUCCUCACCGCCGCCCCGCCCGUCACCGACCUCCUCAUCACCGUCGUCCACCAGCCUCUGAGCUUCUUCCACACCAACAUCUUCUGCGACCACCCGCUGCUCUUCCGCCACCAGUCCAUCUACUACAAGAACUGUGUGUUUGACGGCGUGUACCUGUCCUUCGUGGCCCUGACGCUGCUCUACACCUACUGCAAGAUCAUGCUGACGGCACAAGCCGCCUCCACCGGCCUGGCCUCGGUGAGGAGAGCCAGGAACACCGUGCUGCUUCACGGAGUUCAGCUGCUGCUGUGCAUGCUUGCCUUCGUGGUUCCUUCCCUUCAGGCUGCUCUCAUCUCCUUAUUCCCUCACUUCAGUCUGGAGAUACGUUACAUCUUCUUCCUGCUCGUCUACAUCAUCCCUCGUUUCAUGAGCCCGAUCAUCUAUGGUUUCCGUGACGAGCUGUUCAGGAAGUACUGGAGCCGGUACCUGACUUGUCGGGGCAAACGUACCGUCAGGGUCAGACCGGCGUUACUGAAAGUGAACCAGGAGGUGAAAUAA